AAUUUUCCCUAUUUUUUUUUGGGAUCGAACUGGAACCAAAUUAUUACAGAACUAAAUUAAAUCGAACCAAAUUAAGUCCGAACCAAACUUAGUAGUAUUUGGAAUCUUAUCAAUACCCAAUUAACUGAACCGAACAAACCGGAAAUUAAACCGAAAUUAGAGACUGUUGGUGGGACCAUCCAUUACAGAACUAAAUUAAACUGAACCAAAUUAAACCCGAGCCAAACUUAUUAGUAUUUGGAGUCUUAUCAAAACCAAAUUAACUGAAACGAACAAACCCGAAAUUAAACCGAAAUUAGAGACUGUUGGUGUGACCAUCCAUUACGGAACUAAAUUAAACCGAACCAAAUUAAACCUGAGCCAAACUUAUUAGUAUUUGGAGUCUUAUCAAAACCCAAUUAACUGAACCGAACAAACCGGAAACUAAACCGAAAUUAGAAACUGUUGGUGGGACCAUCUGGUAUUUUAUCAGGAAUUAUUUGUCAAAUAAAUGGCUGGAGUAAACUAUCAUGGGAGUGCAGUGUGCUCUUCUGCCGAGUGUCUCUACCAUGAUUUUCGUUCACACACGUGGCUCCUGCAGAUCGGCAACGUCAUCUCUUUUCCUUCCUCUUCCGCUUUAGUUUUCUUUUAGUCUGGGCCCUUUUGAGCCUCAAUUUGUAUUAUUGUUAAGUAUGGGCUUAUCAAUGUGGACCUAGUUUUCUAUUUUCUUUGUCUUGUUGGUUUUGAUUAAUAAACGAGAUGACAAAAAAUCUAUUAUGGUGAAAUUAAUGUGGAAAAGGAAAAGGCGAAUACAUUCCAUUUUUUAAUGAAAGAUAAAAAAAGGAAAACACUUGUAGAACGUGUUUGUGUGAACAUAAGUAUAAAAAGAGAAGAAUGGGCAAGCGUGAAAUCUAGAAACCUUAACAAUGACGAUGAUUUCAGAUCUUUCGAGGGAUUUGGUAGAGGAAAUACUCUCUAAGGUUCCAAUAACCUGUCUAAGAGCGGUGCGAUCUACUUGCAAAUUGUGGAAUGUUUUAUCUAAAGAUAGGGUUUUAUGUAAAACAGACAUAACGCAUCAGUUUAUUGGAUUUAUGGUGAAGGAGUAUAGGAUUUGUUCAAUGAGAUUCAGUCUCCAUGGUGUGGGUUCAUCUAUAAAAGAGAUAGGUAAUUUAUUUAAUCAAGCUGAGAUAUGUAAUAUCAUCCACUGCGACGGUUUGUUGCUAUGCGUCACCAAGGAAGACAAGACUAGGAGCCUCGUGGUUUGGAACCCAUAUUUAGGACAAACCAGAUGGAUCCAACCCAUUAAUAAUUACCACAGAUUUGAGUCAUCAGACAAAUAUGCUUUUGGAUACGACCACAAAAACCGUAACCACAAAAUCUUGAGAGUUUUUGAUGUUAACCGGUAUGAAAUCUAUGAUUUUAGCUCUAAUUCAUGGAGGAUUCUUGAUAUCAUUCCGGAUGAUGAUAUAUGGUCUCGUCAACGAGGUGCUUCUUUAAAAGGAAAUACUUAUUUUGUGGCUAAAGAAAAAACAUUAGUAGACGAGGAUGUAGUAGGAGAGGUAGAGAUAGACGAGCCUCAUAAUUUAUUACUAUGUUUUGAUUUCACAAGAGAGGGAUUCGGACCGUUUCUACCUUUGCCGUUUCUGCACUAUAAUGAGGAUAUCGGGACUCUGUCUACUCUUAGAGACGAGAAACUCGUGGUAUUAUAUCAGCGCAUGGUUUGUCCUGAGGUAGAGAUUUGGGUGACAACCAAUAUUGAGCCGGAUGCAGUGUCAUGGACCCCCUUUUUAAACAUUGACAUGCAACCACUCGACCGUGGUUUUCAGUUUGUCCUUUGCUCUGGCGCCAGCUUCUUUAUUGACGAGGAGAUGAAAAUCGCUGUGGUUUUCUAUAUAUACCGAGCGGAGAAAAUGGCCAAGACGCGCUCUUACCAUUCAGUUUGCAUCACUGGAGAGAAUGGAUAUUUGGAUAAUUUGGAUCUUGGAGAUGCUGUGUAUCGCCAUGUUCCUAUGCGAGAAAAUCCGUAUUGCUGCCCACUUGUGUGCUCUUAUGUUCCUAGUUUAGUGCAAAUCAACUAACUAGCUUUAGUUUUAUUACUUGCUUGCAUAUCCUCCAUUCCUUUUUUUUUCAAUGUCAUUAGUUCUGUUAAAAUAGUUAUUUUCCUUUAUAUCUUCAAUUUGACCGAAUGAAUGAAAAGAAUCAACCAAAAGCUAAAGAAUACGAAACAUUACAAACAUAUGCAACAAAGUGUGCUAGACAAAGACAAUAAUGUGGUGCUGUGUGGCAGCAGCUAAAGAGCUUACCUUCUUCAUUUGCAACGUGGUGGAGUGAAAAAACCACAUUGUUUACUGUCUUAGAUAUAAUCUUUAUGCUAUAAAAGAAGAGACCACAUUCAUAAGAAAGGGACCAUCUUUGCCUUGAAUUGUUUUUAGAUUUUAAAAGAGGCUUCUCCACACGCUGGUUCUCGUUUCUUCAACUGUUACAUUCUUAUGAAAUUAUUUGCGCAUAGGUUGAAGCUAUGGUGCUUCUUUAUCAUCGGAGAAGUGAUCGCCACCAUAUCUAUUGUAGGUAUAGUGUGAUGAUUAUAUGAGAUGUCGUUGGUUAUAUUUAUCAAAAAUCUAUAUAAAAA